GUUCCGCUCGGUUGCAGUUCGACGUUCCUUCCCAGUUAUUCAAGAUGGCGCGUGGGGAACGGCAAAGUUGGAGAAAAAUAAUAUCAAGGAAACUUGAAGCGAGGGAUCGAGUGGAGUGGCAUUGCUUUAGAGAUAUCAUCAGGGAACACAACAAGUUAUUUGAAAAUGCUGAUACUGCAAAAUCAAGAGUUGUUCAGUUGGAAAUACAAGUUGCUCAAAUUCAACAGGAAAAACUUGAGCUUCAUAGACGUGCUCAAGAAUCAAGUUCAGUUAGAGGAGGGGCUGGGGUUGUUGUUGGAGGAUCAGAAAAAGUAGCUUCCCUGGAGCAGAAGUUGUUCAAAUUACAAGAGGAACUGACAGAGCUCCACCGUCAGAAAGGAGAGAAUGCGCAGAAACUAAUGGAGCUCAACAAUACAUUGCGACAAAAGGAGCAAGAACUAUUAGCUAAGGAGGGAGAAUUGCAUGACUUAUCAAACAAUUUAGAAGAAGUUGACAGGGCAAGGCAGAGACUGGAGCAAACAGUUACAGAAUUGGAGGCAGCAAAACAGAUGGUAAAAGAUGAACACCAAGCAUUACAUCUUGCCUACGUAACAUUGGAUGAAAAAUAUAGGAAAGUACAAGCAGAGAAUGAAGAUCUUGUAACAAGGUGGAUGGCACAAAAAGCAAAAGAUGCAGAUAAAGUAAAUGCUGAAAAUGAAUUACAGUUGAGAAUACGACAUGAAAAGCAAAAAAAUCUACUAAUAGAUGCAGCAAAAGAACCAGUAAUUGUAAAUAUACCAAGUUCUGAUCAGCCAGGCAUACCUUUCUGUGCAAUAGUAUCUAUCCCUUCAUUUCCUGAUAAAAAAUUUGAUGCACAUGAGGGUGAAGUAAAUUCUGCCAGAUUCAGUAUUUCAGGAAGAUUAUUUGUAACAGGUGGUGCAGACAGAAAAGUUAACGUCUGGGAACAAGUAAAUGGAAAUUAUACAAUAAAAGGAGUUAUGCAUGGUUGUAAUGCUGGUGUCAUGUCAGUACAAACUGACCCUCAGGAAAAACUUGUCCUGGCAGGUUCUCAUGAAGGAACUUGUAGAGUAUGGACUCUUGCCGAUCAGAGACUUCGACACACCCUCACAGGACAUUCGCAAAAGGUCAUGGCAGCCAAAUUUUUUGGAGCAGCAACUAAAGUUGUUUCUGGAGGCCAUGACAGAACAUUGAAAAUCUGGGAUCUUAGAAGUAAAGCAUGCACACGAACAAUUUUUGCUGGUUCGAGCUGUAAUGACAUAGUAAUCAAUGAGGGAUUUGGUUCACAAGUGGUAAGUGGUCACUUGGACAAGACUGUCAGGUUUUGGGAUGUCAGAUCUGACAAUCAAUCAAGUGUUGGAGAAAUCACACUACAAGGGAAAAUAACAUCAUUAGAUUUAUCCCCAGACAUGAACUACAUGUUGGCAAGUGCAAGGGAUGACACAGUUAAAUUGCUUGAUUUGAGAAUGAACCAGGUUAUGUCAACAUGUAGUGCGGACGGUUUUAAAGUUGCAGUGGAUUACACAAGGGCAUCAUUCAGUCCUGAUGGCCAGUAUGUCAUAUGUGGCUCAAGUGAUGGUAGUAUUUUUGUAUGGAAUGUAGCCUCUGCAAAACUAGAAAAGGUUCUUAAAGAACACAGUUCCUCAGUGGUUGUGUGUGCCUGGCAUCCUGAUGGAUCAAGUCUAAUCAGCUGUGAUCGUAACAAGCGUGCAAUCAUCUGGACAAACAGAUACUGAAAUCACUCUCAAACUGGAUGGCAUAGCCAUUAGCUCAGUAUUGAGUUACAAUGCACACCAUUUGUAAUAAGUGCCAACAGUGCCAUAAGUAACUGAAAUAAAUGAAAUGGCAAGCUUCAAAAACUUAAUACAUCCUGUUUUGAAGAAGAAUUCUCUGGAAAAAUUGUUGUGUAUCUAAAAGAGACAUAUUAAGUUAGAGAGGUCUUAAAACAACAGCACUUUUAGAUAUAAGUAGCAUGUUGUAAAAUAAUGUGUCUUCUUACUAAAUAUAGAAGUUACACAUGUCACUCAACACAUAUUUUUGAAGGGUCAAAAUUCAUUAAAAAGUGUAUAGGCUUUCUUUAACUGCACUUCUCCUUUCAAAAAUAUCUAGUAAGAAUAAACAUGUUCAGUUAUAAUUCUAAUCCUUUUGUUUAAUGUGUAGUUUAAAUACCAAAAAGGUGUUUGUUUAUUUGCAGGCAAAGAACUUUGGUUUUUGUGAGUAAGGAAUUUGAAGUCAGCCAACACAUACAUUUGAGGCACAUACAUUUGAGGCUAGAAAGACAAAUUUCUUCCAAAAGGAACCAUCUCAACCUAAUAUGACUGUGUUUUUCAAGGAAAUAUCCUAACCCUUAUUUGUGGGGACUUUUUAAUAAUGAGGUCAUUUUAUUAGAAGUGCUAUAUAGAAAGGCACAAUUUUCAACAAACCACAUCAGUUUAAAAUUGAAGUUUGUCCAAAAUAACUGAUAGGAAAAUAGCUUUAAGUUUGAGCCAAAGAAAAAUUUGAGUUGAAAAAGUUCCAACCUACUCAGGUUAGGGGCCAGGUUAGAAAUUUAAUGUUAUUUUUAAUGUUAUAAUUUAAAAUAUAGUGAGAUGUUUGAGAAACCAGUAGCUUAGAAAGAAAUGUCAAAUUUUGCAGUUUGCAAUUAUAUCAUUCUUAUUUAAAAAUCACCAGAAUGUACAUACUACAAUGUAAGUGUAGUAAAAAUAAGAAUGGUCAAAUAACAAUGAACCCCCUCCCUCUCUCUGUCUCUCUUCCCCCCCCCCUCUCCCAGCCAACCAAGUUAACCAUAUUAUGCUGUUCAAGCCAUACUGAACACAUUGCCACAUUGCUUUUAUUUCUAUUUACCGGUAUUUCUCAGCUGGUAGGACUUGUAAAUAUAAUUUUUGUAAAAGAAAUAAUAAUAAACUGUUUUGUGGACUGGUAAAUGGAAACUUGAUUUAUUUCACUUG